AUGUUAUCAUCAAGAAUUCCUAAAAGUAGAUUGAUCAAACAAUCUACAUCCACAUUUAACUUAGCUAAAAGUAUACCAUUGUCAAUUAGUAGAAAUGUUCAACAACAGUCUUUACAACAACAAUCACCAAAUGUUUAUCAACCCCAACAUUCCCUUGUAUUCCAACCAAAUUUUAAUCAAGUUAGAUUUUUCCACCAAUCACUUCCUAGAAAACUUCAAAUGCAACAAACUGAAGAAGGAGAUAAUCGUCCAGCUUUAGAGAAAUUUGGUACCGAUUUAACUCAAUUAGCUAAAGAAGGUAAAUUGGAUCCUGUUAUUGGGCGUGAUCAUGAAAUUCGUAGAACUAUUCAAAUUUUAUCUAGAAGAACUAAGAAUAAUCCCGUAUUGAUCGGUAAUGCCGGUACUGGUAAAACAGCAGUUAUGGAAGGUUUAGCUCAACGUAUUGUACGUGGAGAAGUUCCUGAUUCAAUGAAAGAUAAACAAAUUAUUACUUUAGAUUUAGCUGGGAUAAUUAGUGGUGCUAAAUAUCGUGGUGAUUUUGAAAGUAAAUUAAAAUCAAUUUUAAAAGAAGUUGAAGAGAAAAAUGGUAGUGUUAUUUUAUUUAUUGAUGAAUUUCAUUUAUUAAUGGGUUUAGGUAAAGCUGAAGGUUCUAUUGAUGCUUCAAAUUUAUUGAAACCAGCAUUAGCAAGAGGUAAAUUAUCAUUAUGUGGUGCUACUACUAUUGAAGAAUAUAGAAAAUAUGUUGAAAAAGAUGCUGCUUUAGCAAGAAGAUUUUCUCCUGUUACUGUUAAUGAACCAACCGUCGAAGAUACUAUUUCUAUUUUAAGAGGUUUAAAAGAACGUUAUGAAGUUCAUCAUGGUGUUCGUAUAAUGGAUUCUGCUUUAGUUACUGCUGCAUUAUAUUCAAACAGAUAUAUCACUGAUCGAUUCUUGCCGGACAAAGCAAUUGAUUUGGUUGAUGAAGCUAGUUCUACAUUACGUUUGCAACAUGAAUCAAGACCUGAUGCUAUUGCUACUUUGGAUAGACAAAUUAUGACUAUUGAAAUUGAAUUGGAAUCCUUGAGAAAAGAAGAAGAUCAACUUUCAGUUGAUAGAAGACAUAAAUUGGAAAAUGAAUUAGAAGUUAAGAAAUCUGAACUUAAAGAAUUGACUGAUCAAUGGGAAUCUGAAAAACGUGCUAUUGAUGCUGUUAAAAAUGCCAAAUCAGAUUUAGAAAAAGCAAAACAUCAAUUGGAACAAGCUACUAGAGAAGGUGAUUAUGGUACUGCUUCCAAGAUUCAAUAUGCCACUAUUCCUGAAUUACAAGAUAAGAUUAAAGAAUUGAGUAAAAAUGAAUUGGCUGUUAAAUCAUCCAAUCUUUUACAUGAUUCUGUUACUUCUGAAGAUAUUGCUAGUGUUAUUUCUAAAAUGACUGGUAUUCCAGUAAACAAUUUAUUGAAAGGUGAAAAGGAUAAAUUAUUAGAUAUGAAUGUUAUUUUACGUCAAUCUGUUGUUGGCCAAGAUGAAGCAAUUGAUGCUGUUUCUGAUGCUGUUAGAUUACAACGUGCUGGUUUGACUAGUGAAAACCGUCCAAUUGCUUCAUUUAUGUUUUUAGGUCCAACGGGUACUGGUAAAACUGAAUUAACCAAAUCAUUAGCUAAAUUUUUAUUUAAUGAUAAGAAUGCAGUUAUUAGAUUUGAUAUGUCUGAAUUUCAAGAAAAACAUACCAUUUCAAGAUUAAUUGGUUCUCCUCCAGGUUAUGUUGGUUAUGAUGAAAGUGGUGAAUUAACUGAAGCAGUUAGAAGAAAACCAUAUUCUGUUGUUUUAUUUGAUGAAUUUGAAAAGGCUCAUCCUGAUUUAUCCAAAUUAUUAUUACAAGUAUUAGAUGAAGGUUCAUUAACUGAUUCUCAUGGUAAAAAAAUUGAUUUUAGAAAUACAAUUAUUGUUAUGACUUCAAAUAUUGGACAAGAAAUUUUAUUAGCCGAUAAGAAUAAAUAUGAAGAUGGACAUAUUAAUAAAGAAGUGAAAGAUCAAGUAUUGGAAAAUUUAAAACAUCAUUAUGCUCCUGAAUUUUUAAAUCGUAUUGAUGAUGUUGUUGUAUUUAAUAGAUUAUCCAAGAAAGCAUUAAGAGAAAUUUUAGAUAUUCGUUUAAGAGAAAUUGAUGAUCGUUUACUUGAUAAACGUAUUAUUUUAGAUUUAUCAGAAUCUGCUAAGACUAUGUUGGCUGAUUCAGGUUAUGAUCCAACGUAUGGUGCUCGUCCUUUAAAUAGAGUUUUAAGAAAGAAAUUAUUAGAUCCUUUAGCAAUGCGUAUGAUCACUGGUGAAGUACAAGAAAAUGAAACUGUUAAAGUUGAUGUUAAAGAUCAUAAGAUUUAUGUUGCUCCAAAUCAUACUCAACGUUCAGCUGUUGAAAAAGAAGAAGAAGAUUAUAAAGAAAAAGACAAUGAAGAAGAUUAA